AUCCAACCAUGCAGAGAUUGCUCCCCCCCUCUCUCUCUCUCAUCCAUCCACCCAUACGUACAUAGAUUGCUAUCUUUCCCUCUCUGAAAGAAUCAGCUUCUCUCUGUCAGCUUGCUCCAAUCGCUUUCAAUCAAUGGAAGGCUCAUCAUCUUCUUCUUCUCCGAAUGAACGGCUGGAUUUCGGCAAGAUGGGAUAUGGAUGCAAGCAUUAUAGAAGAAGGUGCAGGAUUCGAGCUCCCUGUUGCAAUGAAAUCUUCCCCUGUCGCCACUGUCACAAUGAAGCAAUGAACUUGCUAAGCAAUCCCCGGGAUCGGCAUGAGCUCUGCCGGCACGAUGUUCGCCAAGUCAUUUGUGCGGUUUGCGACACCGAGCAGCAGGUUGCACGUGUCUGUUCGAACUGUGGUGUGAAUAUGGGAGAGUAUUUCUGUGAAGUCUGCAAAUUCUACGACGACGAUACUGAAAAAGGACAGUUCCAUUGCAAUGAGUGCGGUAUUUGCAGAGUUGGCGGCCAAGAGAAAUUCUUUCACUGCCAGAAGUGCGGAUCUUGCUAUUCAGUCAGCUUACGUGGUAAUCAUUCAUGCAUAGAGAACUCGAUGCGGCAUCAUUGUCCCAUUUGUUAUGAGUAUCUUUUUGACUCGUUGAAAGAUACAACAGUUCUCAAAUGUGGGCACACGAUGCAUUUGGAAUGUUUCCAAGAGAUGGCAAAGCACUACAAAUAUUCAUGUCCAAUAUGCUCCAAGUCGGUGAUUGAUAUGACCAAACACUGGAAGAGAAUAGAUGAGGAGGUACAAGCAACCAGAAUGCCUGAGGAUUACCGGUACAAGAAGGUGUGGAUCCUUUGUAACGAUUGCAACGAUACAACCGAAGCCAACUUUCACAUAGUUGGGCACAAAUGCAGCCACUGCAACUCCUACAAUACCCGCACAAUUGCCCCACCAGUCAUUCCAAAAUGACCAGAUCUUGCCUGCUGGAAAAUUCAAGUCCCAUUGCCAAAGAAUGCUUGGGUCACAUUUUCAUUCGUUAGCCAAGCUUCGUUUUGACACGGAUUCUUUCUUUUGUGAAAACUACACAACAAAAGGAGUUCUGACUCUUGUGCUUGACUAGUUUCCAUUGUACUUGUUAUUUUUCUGAUCGUCAUAACAUUGGUUUUUGUGGACUUCUGUUAGCUAAAUUGAUGGGUUUGUGUACAUUAUAAAUACACAACCAUACGUAGUUAUGCAAUCUGACUGUAUUUGUAAUUUCAUAGAGAUCUCCCAACAAUAACAUUUUCCCACAAGUACAUCGAAAUGCAUUCA